UUACACUUUGUAUACAUGCAUUGGAAUGCAAGUGAUUAGAAAACUAAAGGUACAAAUCAACCAUACAAAACAACCAAAGAACAACAACAAAAAAAAAAAAUCUGAAUGAAAUAAAUAGCAAUUGUCUGACUGUGGAAAAUGCAGCAUUAAAAGAAAAAACCAAUGAAUGACAAACAGAAGACUGACACAGCUCACAAAGGAGGGAGGCACUGACGUCAGCUGAGACCUACCAGGUAUUUACCAACCCCCAUCAACACUAUAGACUUGGAAGUCGGCCCAGCUUUAGUGGUAAGUAAAAUAUUUCAUUGAAAAACACUUUGCCUGCUACGAAUUUCUAUUUAUAUACAGGCUCAAACCUGUUGGCCUCAUUGACCUUCAUCAUGACUGACAUUUUGACUUGUAUUGAUGGCUGCCGUCCUGAUUGUGCAUGCUGGUUCACUGUCAGGGUUUACGGGGACACUUUUUGGAUGUUAUUGAUGCAACUGUAGUGUAACAAGUUAGAACAGCAGCUGUGAAAAAGAUAGGGUUUGGAUUUUAUGAAAACUGUUAAAUAUAGAUCUAAUUAUUAAGUAAUUUCAGUUUUUAUAAGGCACAGCCUUAUAGGUCAGUUUUAGGCUUUGCAAUUGCAAAAAUAUCAUACUGAGUGUCUGUAUUGAACUUGUUUUUGUAUUUUCAAAAGUUAUAUUACAUUAAAUCGUAAGUAAAAGAAAUAAAAAGGAAAAAAAUAUUAAAAAGGCUGAAUAGACAGUUGCACAAAGUGUAACUGCUGAGGAGCUGAUGUGUGUCUGAUCCUCUGCAGAUGGUCCCAGUGCUCCUGAACAAAGCCGUGGCCACAGUGUUUGUGCUGAGCUCCAUAUGUGCCGUGCUGCUGCAGGGCCAGAAGCCGGGUCAGGUGGACCCCCUGACGGUCCCCCGAGCCAACCCGCAGUGCUGGGACUCCUCCUCGGCGCUGCUGCUGGAGAUGCGCUCCCCGAGAAUCGCUGACACGGUGCCCGCAUUCUGGGAAAUGAUGGAGACCCUCAGGUCGUCGGACAACGACAAACACACGACGCUGUUCUGGGAUCUGGCCCGGGUCUUCUGGAACAUGUACUUGGACUGCGUCCUGUCCAGGAGUCACGGCCUGGGGCGGAGACACAUCACGGCGGUGCACUCCCUCACUGACAAGUCCUUCAGGUUCAACAGCUCAGGAGCGAACUUCCGGACCUGGCUCAGUGUCAGAGUGAGACGCAGGGGACACAUCAAGACCCUGGACAGCAAACCAAAAUAAAACACACACUACAACAAAGAAUGAAGGACAGCCUUUAUCAAUAUUUUCUUGGCAACCGGAAAACUACAUUUCAUUAUAAUAUCAAUAGAGGCAGUUAAAGGAUACCUCAGAUUUUGAAUAGUUUUGCUAAUCUUAUAAUUGACAUUUUUUUAAAAUAUUAGGACACCUUCAGUUUUAUUAUGACACUUUCAUUGGGACUUCUUCCCUAAGAAAAUAGCAGGCUUAGUUAACUUUUAAUUGUUACCCAUUUUUACAAGUUUGCUGACAUGGCACAAAGAACUGGAUUGUUGCUACGGUUACAGAAAGUUUGGCACGUCUGGUUUCAAAAAGAUGUAAACUAGUGUGUUCUUAUGUUUCAUUUUUACAUGGGGAUGUGAGUCGAGCCAAGUUUUUAUUCUAUUUAAAAGUGAUUAUUGUUGUGUUAUAAUGUACAGA